AUUGGAAUAUGGAUGAUUAUUUAUAUUGGAAUUGCGAUGUAGAAAAAUGUGAAUAUUGGGAUCUUGAUGUGGAAUUUGCCACUAGUACAGAAAUAGCAAAAGGGACAGAAUGGAUUCGUGUAGGAUUUCAGAGUGUAGCAUUAAAAACAAUAAAUAAUCCAAUAGAUCCAAUUCCUGAUCUUUUGAAAGAAAUCGAAUCAAAUAUUGAG